AGGGUAAAUACUAGAAAUUUCUGGAGAUUUUGUUUUGUGAAUCACAAUUCUCUAUAUUAUCAGUCAAAAAUCACAACCGCAUGACACACACACUCUCUGUCUACUGUUCUCUCUCGAUCUUCUCUGUCUAAGCUCUAAAGGGGUGCUCUGAGAUCACGUAAAACAAUGGUGAAGGCUGUUGCUGUUCUUACCAGUAGUGAGGGGGUUAGCGGAACAAUCUUCUUUACCCAAGAAGGACAUGGUCCUACCACUGUAACUGGAAACAUUUCUGGCCUUAAGCCAGGGCUUCAUGGGUUCCACGUCCAUGCCCUUGGAGACACAACAAACGGUUGCAUGUCAACUGGGCCACACUUUAACCCUUCUGGCAAAGAUCAUGGUGCCCCUGAGGAUGAGAUUCGUCAUGCUGGUGAUCUGGGAAAUGUCACUGCUGGUGAUGAUGGCACUGCUAGUUUCACAAUUAUUGACAAGCAUAUUCCUCUUUCUGGUCAAAAUUCAAUCAUAGGAAGGGCAGUUGUUGUUCAUGCAGAUCCUGAUGAUCUUGGCAGGGGAGGACAUGAACUCAGUAAAACCACCGGAAAUGCUGGUGGCAGAGUAGCAUGCGGUAUUAUUGGUUUGCAAGGAUAGAGUGCUUCUCCAGAGAUCAAUAACAAGACAAAGACAGCUGAAACAUGCACAGCCGGACAACCUUUAGAAGAACGUUAGGAGACCAUUAACUCAUUUGAAUAAAAGAAAGAAUAAUACUGUAGUUUUGGCUGGUUUGGUCUUGUGAUCUCAAGAUGGUGUAUGCUUUGUAUGGUUUCGUGAAGUUUAUUGAACUUUGAACUUUUUCGAAUAGUAGGGCUUGCUCUUUGUCUGGUCCAAA